GGUGCCGAGUAGAGAGUGAACUCCGGUCGGGAGUGGGGUGGGAGCCGGCAUGGAGUACUUGCAGCGUUGCGCUUGGUUCCUCCGAACCACGCUAGUGCGGGCGGUCGUACGGCGCUACCUUUCUUGGACGCUGCUCGCCCUCAUGCUGGGAGGCUCCCUGGUCAAAGAGUUCUUCCCGCUACCCCCGAGCUACCUCAGCAACAAGCGCAACGUCUUCAACGUGUAUUUUGUCAAAGUGGCCUGGGGAUGGACCUUCAUUCUCCUUUUGCCUUUCGUUGCCCUCACCAACUAUCAUCUGACAGGGAAGGCCACUGUGGUCCUCAGGCGGCUGUGUAUACUUCUUGUGGGAACAGCCAUCUGGUAUGUCAGCACAACAAUCUUCUUGCACGUUGAGCACUACACAGGCAGCUGCUACAAAUCACCCUCCUUGGAAAGUAUCCGAAGGGAGUAUAACAGCAAGGAGGAAUGUCGGAAAGGUGGCGGGUUCUGGCAUGGCUUUGACAUCUCUGGCCACUCCUUUCUUCUGACCUACUGUGCGCUGGUCAUUGUGGAAGAGAUGGCUGUUCUGCAGGAGGUCAAGAUGGACAGGAGCCACAACUUGUACUUCACCCUGACUUCCUUGAUCGUUGCCUUGGGCUGCUUGGUGUACAUCUGGGUGUGGAUGUUCCUUUGCACUGCUGUGUAUUUCCAUGACUUGUCCCAGAAAGUGUUUGGAACUCUGUUUGGCUUGGUGGGCUGGUAUGGAACAUAUAGGUUUUGGUAUUUGAAACCCAUUUCUCCUGGACUUCCUCCUCAGAGCUCCAGUCUAAAUUUGAAGCAAGAUAGUUACAAGAAAUAAAUGAAAGAAAAGGGAAGGACAAGAAGGUUAAAUUAUAUUCAUUUAUUUUGACUAAGUAUCUUUGCUUAAUUAUCAAUCCUAUCUCACCUGACAGUUUUAGCAGGAACUGGGACUGAAGGGUGGCCUAUGUGGAAUGUGUUCAUCCUCAUCCUAUUCUUGGCACGUGUGAGACACUUGGUGACCUCACAGAAAGGGGAAAGAUGAAAAACAUCUUGCAGCCUCCAAAAGAAGCUGUCUGAAAUCAUUUAACGUAGGGCUAAUAGCUCUGCACAUGAAUUGUACUGUUUAACCAGAUGGGCUUCUUCUGAUCUUGACCUGGGACUUCUCCUUUGAUUUUUAGGUCUUUGGAGGACCAGGACUAAUAUACACUCUGAAGUUAAGUUAUGUUAAGAUGCAAGGGUUAGGGCCCCAGAAUUGUCUUUAUCUCCCCCUGACUCCUAGCUGCCAAUUGUCUUUUCAUUUGCUUGACUCUUAAUGUUAUUUAAAAGUUUGCCUUGGAUAUUCAUUGUUUCAGGCUAGGAUCUUGCCUAUGGGUGGGGAGAAAGCCUGGAAAAACAAUCUCCUUGUAAUAUUUACAUUUCUUCAGUUGAUUGUAAAUAUUGCAGCCAGAUUCUGAUUGACUGCCUUUUAAACUAGAGUGCCUUAAAGACAAAAAUGUUAGAUAAUUUUUGUGCACUCACUGAAAGUGAGUAAUUGUUUAUUUGGGUUCUGUUGAAACUAUGAAAAUGCUUGUUUCUUUGAGUAAAUUCUAUAUAGUUACUGGCAGUAACAAGGUGGUUGGUUAAAGCCAUAGACUUUAAUUCUUAAGGUUUACAACCCCUAAUUGUGUAUUUUGUUUUAAAUUUAAAUUGUUUUGUUUCUUGUCUUUUUUUUUCCUUUUUUGCCUUUGAGUACUGACUUUUAAAAAACCAAAAAUUGUGGUUUGUGAUAUUAAAUAAGUUGCAGCUCAAAAAAUUGUAUAAAAUAGAAGGUAACUUAAUUUUAAGACAUAUAUCAACUGAUUCAAAAUAAUCUUGCCAGAAUUAGACUUUUUACUAAAAUUUCAUUUUUUUUUUUUGACUCUCAGUGAUAGAACACCUUUUUCACAUAAAAAAAACCCGCACAAAUUAGGCUACCAUAUCUUGAAGUUUUCUGUUUCUGGAAAAAAAAAAAUCAUGAUACGCUCUUUCAUUGAAAGGCAAUAUUUGCUCUUAUGGGUAGUGGCAAAAAGCUAGAAAAAUAUUCUAACUACGAGAUUUGUGUUCUAAUUCUGGCUCCUCCAUCAGCUAGUUUUGUGACCUUUGGCAAAUCCUUUCCUUUUGGGGAUCUUGAUUUUCUCAUCUGUAAGAAAAAAGUGUUGAAGUAGAUCUCUUUGAAUCUUCUUUCAGUUUUUAAUUAUAUUUCAUUUUCAGAUCUACAUUUUCUUCCUGCCACUUCCACAUAGUCCCUGACAAAGUAAGAAAAACAAAAUAAAUAUGUUACAAACAUGUAUAGUCAAGCAAAACAAUUUCUCACAUUAGCCAUGUCAAAAAAAAAAUUCUGAAAUCAGAAUACCUCUUUUUAUCAGUAGACAGAUGGUACUUUACCUUUCAGAAUUGUGAUUGAUCAUUUUAUUAAUCAUUUUCUAAAUCUUUCACAUUGAUUAUCUUUACAAUAUUGCUAUUGCUAUAUAAAUUAUUCUGGUACUGCUCACUUCACUCUGUAUCAGUACAUACGAGCCUUCCUGUGUUUCUCUGAAACCAUCCCCUUCAUCAUUUCUCAUGGCACAAUAGUAUUACAUCUCAUAUAUAUGACAUAACUUAUUCAGCCAUUCCCCAAUUGAAGGACACUCCCCCUCCCAGUUUCUAAUUCAUUACUAUCAAAAAAAAAAAAAAAAAAAAAGAAAGAGCUGCUAUAAAUAUUUUUUGUUUAUAUGGGUCUUUUUCCUCUUUCUUUGGAGACAUUAAUAGAAUUGCUGGGUUCAGAGUAUUCACAGUUUAAUACACAGUUUUAAUUGCUUUCUAGAAUGACUGGACCAGUUCCCAGCUCUACCAGUAGUGUAAUAAUGGACCUGUUUUCUCAUAACCCUUUCAGCAAAUUUGUCAUUUUCCUUUUUUGUCAACUUGACCAAUCCUAUGUGUGUGAGAUGGAACCUCAGAAUUGCUUUAUCUUGCAGUUUUCUAAUUAGUGAUUUAGAGCAUUUUUUCAUGUGGGUAAUUGAAAAUUUCGAUUUCUUCCUCUGGAAACUGACAGUUCAUGUCCUUUGAUUAUUUAUCAAUAUAAAUUUGAAUCAGUUUUCUCUAUAUCUGACAUCCUGUCUGGCUCUGACAUUCUGUGUGCUUAAUAACAAUAAUAACAAUAAUGAUUAUAAUAAUGGUAACAUAUAGAAUUUUAAGGUUUACAAAGUAUUUUUCCUUAAGAUCCAUGAAGGAUCCCUCAUUUUACAAAUGAGGACACUUAAUUUCAGAGCAGUAAAAUGACUGUCUGUUUUAAAAUCCCUCGUUCUUUCCCCUAUAUCAUGUUGUCUCCUUAUUUUUUGUUCUGGAAUUUUUUUUCUCUCUCUGUAAUAAUUGAUGCUCCAGGGUUUCUUCCUAAAACAAUUUGUUUUAUUAGUUUAUCUUCUAAAAUCCCUUCUACUCAAAACAAUUUUUCUAAGCUUUGCUCUCAUCCACCCAUUUUGUUUGUGCUGCUAAAACUUAUUUUCUCUAGAUCAUAUUCUAGCUUUGUCUUUUAGUACUAAUAUUGUCACCUCUUUCCAGCAAAGUACGGUUGUAUAUCCAGAAAUUGUAAUAACCUGAUCAUCAUUACCCAUGAACUGCCUCAUUAAACCUUUUAGUCACUUGAACAAAGCCAGUCUUAAGAAGGUACUUUAUCCUCAACUCUAACCUCAAUAAUAGUAUUAAGUAAUGAACACUACACUUUACUGCUAUGGCUCAAACUUUUAUGAUGAGCUCUAGAAAACAGUGGCUGUAGAUCUCUUGUAAAGAUGUAUUUAAGUUAUGUAUUCCUACCCCCAAGUGUCAUAUUAAUUGUUAAUGAAUGAAAUAGAUGUAAUUAUACCCGAUGUGACUUUGGCUAGUGGUAUUUUAGAGGCAAAUAGCAUUGUGUGUUAGAUGUGUUGGGAGCACUUAUGGAUCCUGAAUGUAAUCUAGCUUCCUUUGUGAAAUUUGGAUCAAUCAGGUUUGUCAGAGGGAUCUCCCACUUUUCUUGCCAUCUGAAACUGAGAAAUGUUUCUUAGGUUCUGACUUCAACACCUGUAGGUAACUAUCAAAUACACUAUUACUCAGGAAGUUUGUCAGAUUUAAAAUUGGAAAUGUUUUUCUCCUAUUCUUGGUUUGAGUUUAGUGUCUUACUAUGAGUUGUGAGAAUCAGAUAUAAUAAAUUUAAGACAGCCAGAAAUAUUUAUUUCUGUAUGGAUGAUAAUAACACCCCCUCCACACAGACACACACACACACUCCCUCAGUUUCCUCAGUCUUUUUUUUAUGAGGAAGAUACAACACAUUUAUCCUCUUCUAUGUUGAGACUUAGGACAUCUUGAUUUAGCAUUCAAAAAAUGUUAAGUGUUCUUUAGUAGCUUUGUAGUAAGAAGCUCACAUCUUGGUUAAGUUUUAAUGAUUCCUUUUCCCAUAUCUACUAGGCUGGUGAUCCCUUAUAUUGCACUUCUACCAGGCAAGAACAAGAUUGGCUUUCUGGAAGCCUUAGAAAUACAAAACUAGAGUCUGUUGGACUUUUAAAGCUCCAUUUUUUUCUGAAUCCUUAUGGCUUCUCAAGGGUCCCUUCCCAUCUGUAGUUGUCAAAGAGGAAAAUGUGGUGAAAGAAUCAGGACGUUGUUUUGGCAAAGAGCAAGAACUGCAUCUCCUAUAUUCCAUUUGGAUUCCAUUUUGGGUCUGUGUCUCUCUCAUGUUCCAAACUCAGCCUUGUUAUGUGUGUUGAAAAAUAAAUGUUUUCAUCAGGUGCUGAGAAAGAGCCUUCCAAGGAUGUCUGGGGCUACAAAACCAUGUCAUUGUUUUGUCUUCCAGUACUGAGGUUCAUUCAUUUGGGAGCCUUAUUCUCCAGGCACAUCUGUUAUAGUCUGAGUACCAGAUUGUAUUUAAGGAAUGUCUCUUGACGUUGUUAUAUACACAGUGGCUUGUGUGUGUAAACAAUAGAAUUAAAGUAAACUAAAAAAAUGAAAA